GGCAGGAGUCAGGUCUGUGUGUGCCCAGUGGACUUGCAUUGUUGUGGCCAUUAUGGAAUGGGACUUAUGUGAAUUCUAUAUGGAAUUGUCACACUGUGUGAUUGGGAAAGCUACUUGAAAUAGAACAUAAUAUAGAACUAUAUGGAUUGUUGAGUGUUGCGUACUGCAACUAUAAAUGGAAGUUUACAUAUGCCUAUCCCUGCACUUGCCAUUGAUGGAUUAACCAAAACCAGCAAGAUGAAGGUGAAGUGGACCAAGUUGGGCUUGGUCUUUUUCUUGCUGUUGUCUCUCGUCAUGACUGCUUGCUUCAUCUGGCAGUACCAAUUGCCAAAACUAGAGCUAGAUGAAAAUCUCGGGAAAAAUUCAAAAUCUGUGAGAAUGUGUCCUCGCUUUCCUGAGCCCACACCUCUGGAACACCCAAUUCCCUUAUUAAAGGAGGCACUUGAGAAGGUUGAUGCAUUAUUGCGCCAGAACAUCAACCCUGUCAGUUUACCCUCAUUGUCGGCUAUUGUUACUUACAAUGACACAGUGUUGUGGACUGGGAACUUCGGCAAGAGAAAUGGGAGUGAUCCUACCUCUGCACCACCAAAUGAGUACACUAUUUACAGGAUUGCCAGUCUAUCCAAGAUCUUUCCCACCCUGAUGCUGUAUCGAUUAUGGGAAGAUGGCAAGAUUGGCUCACUGGAUGACCCACUAGAGAAAUAUGUGGACAACUUCACCAUUAAGAACCCCUUGGGCAAAAGUAGAGACUCUGAGCUAAAAUAUGUUACUGAUGGCCUAAUCUUCCUGGACAGUGGUGAGGUUCAAAUACGAUCUUCAUCAGUAACACUGAGGAGAAUGGCCAGCCAGCUUUCUGGUCUACCCCGAAGACUUCGUGCAACUAACUUGCUCUGGAAAGGGAAGACCCAAACUGCAGUCAGUCUCUUACAUGAUGAUGUACUUGUUGCAGAUCCAGGGACCAAAUGUCACUACAGCAAUUUGGCCUUCUCUUUGCUGGCCCAUGUACUGGCUGAUAAAGUAGUGGGUAUAAAUUACCAGCGAUGGAUCACUGAUAACAUUCUGGGCAGAUUGGGCAUGGAAGACACAGGUUUUGACAUCACAUCUGGCAUCCAGAAUCAAAUGGCUGUAGGCGUCUAUGCCAGUGGCCAAACAGCACCUAUUUAUGACUUGGGUUGGUACCGCCCCUCAGGUCAAAUGUAUUCCACUGCUGCUGACAUGGCUAAAUUAUCCAUGAUGUUGCUGGGAGCUUAUCACCGUAAACUGUUGGAGCCUGACACUUUAAAAAUUAUGCUAACUCCCCUUUUCCGCUGUGACAAAGACUACUUUGCCAACCGUACUGGAACACCGUGGGAAGUGAAUGAACAGAUGGGAUAUGAGGUGCUUCGCAAGGAUGGAGAUCUGGAUGGCUACUCCGCUACCUUCUCUCUGUUGCCUCGGCUCAAGCUAGGCUUGGUGGUGCUUAUGGCAGGAGCAAGACCACAGAACCAGGAUAUUGUGGCAAAGGCCUACUCGUAUAUUAUUCCGGCCAUGGAAAAGGCCUUCAGAGAGGCCAGGCGUGUGCUUGCUCCUCCUCCAAAUCCUGCCCCCUAUGUGGGCUUUUACACUUAUGGCAAUAUCACUUUUUAUGAGAUAAAAGCAGGGCCAGAUGGUGUCUUGAUCAUGCAACAGUUUGGACCCCAAAUAGAAGACCUCAUCCCUGAGCGUUACCGGACCAUAAAAUUGAAUUACCUAGUAGAUCGGGUUUUUAGAGUUGUGUUUGAGAAGCAAUAUCCUUGUGUGUUGCGUGUCAACACAGCCUCUGUAUCCCUUGAAGCCCAAGAUGGGCAGCUUUUCAACUUUUAUGUCUUUGACAAAAAGGGGCUAUCGCCGGGAUUUGAUGCUCCAGGGCUUAACACUUAUAAUGUGAUUCGAAUUUCUCGCAGACCCACAUUCUCUAACUGAGAUCGUAAGGAUGAAAUGGCUUUAGAAAAACUGUUAUUUAAGAUAACUUGGGGCUAUAUUGGAUCGAAUGACAACAGAGAACAGUCACCGCUGUCAUGAUGUUUCUAAUGAUUUCUGUAAUAGCAUGUUUAGCCUGUGAACAAAUAUCAACAAAACCUAUUUUGCACAUAUUUUCAUGUCCUUGUAUAUAAAAAUGUCCUUGCAUAUAACUUGCCAUUGUACUGUAUAUAAAAACCUUUUUGUAAAUUUAGCUUCAUACAUUAUUAUUAUUUAUACCUAUAAUAUGCAUAUUUAUAUACUUGUUAUUUAUAUGCAUGUAUAUACACACUAUACACAACCCUUAUAAAAUAAGAGUGGAAUUGAGUGUAAAUUAGUAUAUGUUUCCCUUAUUAUGUACAUUGUUUGUA